GGCAAAAUAAUUUUUAUCCAUUUUAUAUUAGAUCGAGGACAAACGGAAUUACCUACUUUGUGAUUAAUAGUGCAAUAACUGAUGAAUAUUCUGACGCAUUCUUUGACCAAUUAAUUACUACAACUCAAAAGGCGUAG